AUGGCUUUGCUAGGCAUUCUCCUUUCGCCUUGGCUGGCUAUGGCUAUCCCAGUCUGGCUGACAAUCUAUUAUACAUUCCCUUACUUGGUGACUUACCGACACUUGAUUCAUAUACCAGGACCGUGGGCUGCCAAAUUCAGCAACAUUUGGGUUGGAUUGGGGGCUCGCCGAGGCCAAAAAUAUGCGGUGGUCGAUUCAGCUCAUCGCAAACAUGGCAAAGUUGUUCGCAUUGGAUUUAACCAUGUAUCUAUCGCUGACGAGCGAGCCUUGAACGUCGUGUAUGGACAUGGGAACGGCUUUUUGAAAGACUACUACUACCAAGCGUUUGUGGCCCGGACGCCAGGCAUGUUCAAUGUGCGCGACCGCGCGGAACAUACACGCAAGCGCAAGAUCAUAUCUCAUGCCUUUUCGCCCAAGUCGGUCGCUGCAUUCGAGCCACUCAUGGCGGAGAAUCUACAGCGAUGGACAGCCCAGCUGGACCGGAUUGUAGCCUCCGAGCCCCAACCCGAUGGGAAGCACUUUGUUCGUUUCAACGCCAUGCCGUGGCUCAGUUAUCUUGCCUUUGAUAUCAUUGGAGACUUGGCAUUUGGAUCCCCAUUCGGCAUGGUCAACAAGGGUAAAGAUGAAGUUGAAACGCAACUUGUCCCCGGAGGCCCCAUCUCCUACACUCCGGCAGUGGAAGUUCUCAACCGGCGAGGUGAAGUUUCUUCCACCUUGGGGCUUCUUCCAUCCCUGCGUCCAUGGGCGAGAUAUCUCCCAGAUCCAUUCUUUAGCAAGGGCAUAGCUGCCGUGGAGAAUCUGACCGGAAUUGCUGUUGCGGCUGUUGCCUCAAGACUUGAGGCAGCGGAGAAAGGAGCGGGAGAGUCCCGCAAUGAUAUCCUGGCGCGUUUGCUACAAGCACGGGAUGCCAAUGGUCAGCCGAUGGGACAAGACGAAAUCAUCGCAGAAGCGCUCACCCAGUUGAUUGCUGGCUCAGACACUAUAUCCAACACGGCAUGUGGCAUCUUCUACUGGAUUCUGCAUGGUGAACGAAGCGCCCCGGGCACAAUUAUUCCCCGGCUACAAGAAGAGCUCGACCAAGCAAUUAAUCCGAGUUCAGAGAUUGCAUCUUAUGCCGAGGUCAAAGAUCUUCCGUUCCUUCGAAGAUGUAUUGACGAAGCGAUGCGACUCCAUUCUACUUCGGCUAUUGGUCUACCACGUCUGGUCGCCGAGAAUGGGCCUGGCGUCAAGUUCGACGAUUUCUACUUCCCACCAGGAACGGUGCUUUCGGUGCCCUCUUAUACGAUACAUCAUAUGCAAGAGAUCUGGGGACCAGACGUCGAAGAAAUGAGGCCUGAUCGCUGGCUGAGUUUGUCGGCGCGACAAAAAGCGGCUUUCAAUCCUUUCUCCUACGGACCCCGUGCAUGUGUCGGACAGAACGUUGCUAUAAUGGAGCUGCAGUUGAUUAUUGGGACCUUGUUCCGCCGGUAUGAGUUUGCUCUGUACCAGCAGACCAUGAAGUCGCAUGAAGGAUUUUCCAAAAAGCCGGCGGAGUGCUACGCAGGAAUCCGGUUGAGAAAUCGACAGUAA